GGCUUCUUUCUCCUCUGGGUACCAGCUCCUUACUGCCCUGAAGCGUUCGUGCUUUUGGCCAAGAGAGGGAGGACGUAAAUUCCUUAAAUCCCAGCAGGUCAGAGGGUCUGUGUUCACAGACAUCUCCAGGCAAGAAAAAGAGGAGGAAACUAUCCCGAAUCGUCACAGGAAACAACAACAUCAUGCAAAAACCCUGCAAAGAAAAUGAAGGAAAGCCCAAGUGCAGCGUGCCAAAGAGAGAGGAAGAACACCCCUAUGGAGAAUUUGAACGCCAACAAACAGAAGGGAAUUUUAGGCAAAGGCUGCUUCGGUCUCUCGAGGAAUUUAAAGAGGACAUAGACUAUAGGCAUUUUAAGGAUGCAGAAAUGACAAGAGAGGGAGAUGAGAUGGAAAGGUGUUUGGAAGAGAUAAGGGGUCUGAGAAAGAAAUUUAGGGCUCUGCAUUCUAACCAUAGGCAUUCUCGAGAUCGUCCUUAUCCCAUUUAAUGCAUUCUCCCGAAUUCAACUAUUUUCUUUUAUUGAUAUUGCUACCAUUGGUUUCUUUUUGUUUGCAUUUUCUUGCUAAAUAUUUGCUACCAUUUUACUCCAAUCCUUCAAUGUUCAUUUGAUCUACAUAUGAUUCUUGUUACCAACAUCUCAUCUUUUGACUCAGUCUCACUCAUUUAAUAGGGAUGUUUCAUUCAUUUGCAUGGGAAGAUGCUCAUUGUAUAUUGUAAAGUGAAAACAAUGCGUUGCAAAACAGUAUAUAUAUACACACACAC